GUAAUUUGGACCAGUUGUGACAAAAAGCUUUGUGUAGCAUGUACGCAUUAUUCCUUAAAACAUGUCUCUUCAAUACUAUCUGAGACUGGCAUGGGUUGGUUUGACUCUUUCUGUUGUGGUAUGCUUGCCUGAAGUGUCAGGAGAUGUCACGGGUGAUUCAAAAAGCCAAAUACAAGAGCUGGAAAGUGUUAAUCCACCCAUUCAAAAUCCAACAAGAGACAAUUUUCAAAGGAAAACGGAACAAUUUAACGGCAAAGCUCAGCUGCCAUGGAUCAGCUCUACCUUAUACAACCAGAGAAAGAAAUUUAAUGAGGAAACUGAUGCCAAAGGAAGCUAUGUUUUCCAAACGGUUCAACAGGAACAAAAUCCCUUUAAAGAGAGCCAAAUGAACUUUAGUGAUAUUAAUCUGGCCCCAAGGCUGCUGAGGAAAAAAGGUGGAAUGCAUGCAGCAAAUGUGCAUAGAUCUGGCUCAUUUGGAUAUCAAUCUAUUUUUAAAUCAGAAAUGCAUUCAGACAGUUCACGACCAUUAGGACUUAAUGAACCUUACAUGAGGGAAAAUAUUCCAACUAAUUAUAUGUCUAGAAGCGCAACUGUCAACCAUAAUAUCAGGCACAAAAGUGAUGGAAACGUGCUGUUUGAUAAUUUUCUUCAAAACAAUGGCCAAAAUCAAAACGUGCUGAGGAGAGUUGUACCAGCAAAUACAUUUCCAUCGAUUGCUACAGUAAAUCAGCAUGAGGGAAAACCAUCGCCACAAGCUUUUUCUGCUGGGACUGGAGGUAUAUCUCAAAUGUCCUAUGAGAAUAUGAGGGACGUAGCCCUUUCCAAGGUGUUCAAACCUCCAACAAUCCUAACACCAGUAUCUCCUGCAUUUAAAAGACCAAAUUCAAAUGGAGUUCAUAGCACCCUUCCGAUAAAAAAAUCUAAGCUGUUUUCUUCUCCACGUGAUCACGUCAAGCUGUCUAAUUCUGAAAGGGUUGCCAAUCCAAAAGCAAGCCUGCAAAGCGGUGUUGAACAUGGAAAUGCAAAAUUGGCCACGAGCAGAUACAAUUUCAAGAACAUUCAGUUGGCUCAAAAUGGUUAUCAAAACAGGGGACAAAGUGGUCAGAAUGUUGUGUCAGUUGAAACCUUUCGCAAUCAAAAGUAUGAUAAUUUGGCUUCAGGAAUAUCUGCCAUCAAGCCUCCAGUGACCAAUAAUGCCCGCUUUUACUUCCAAUCAUAUGAAAAAGGUGGCAUCCAGCUGUCUGAACCGCUCAAAAGGUCAGGUCAAAACACAGACUUGCCCCCACGAAUGCAGUUCACAAAGAAAGCCAUGUUAAUUUCAGAACGUGAUAAAAAUAUUAAUCUUCCAGACCCAACAAAUCAUUCAUUAAGGAGGCCAAGUAAGCAAAAUGCCCAAAAUAGGACACUUCUGAAUUCUUUUGGCCAAAGUACUGUACAAUCGUUAUCCUUUAAACAUCAUCACGCGCCAGGUUUUGUGCAAGGUAACGCAAUGAAGAGUCACGUUCCCAGCGUUAGUCCAUCUGUGUUUGGCACUGAGGGUGCAUUUAAAAACUCUGGUAAGUCUAGUAGCCGAAACGAACCAUAUUAUCUAACUUCUAAAAAGCCAUAUGCUUUUAAAGGUUUCACGUUUGUUCCUGAAUUGCCAAAACAAAAAUCAAAAAUGCACUCUGACCAAAGGCCCCUCUUAGAGUCUUCAUCUAAUGUGGAGUAUGCCCCUGCUCAUCCACAUACUGCCCAAAGUGCACUUGCUCAGAAACCCUUUACACGUGAGAGCUCCAAAAAAACACUUUUCCAGUUCAAGGACACUGAAUCAAGCCAAAAAAACCCACUUUAUCGGGAUCAGACAGAUUCUUUUAAAAAUGGACCUCCACGUGAUACCAUCUCUUCUAUUGAAGGUGUAAGUAACCCGAUGCCUGAUGCUCUAAAGCACCAUGUUGUUAGAGGUCAAGCUGCAGCAAUGAAAACAUCUCUCUUUGCCACAAAUGCUACAAAUAAUGGAGCUGUUGACAAGGUUCAGUCAAAAACAUCUCACUGGUGGACUUCAAGUAGGCUUGCUUCAGCACAGCCCGCUGAAUCGAACAAAGAUGCAUUCCCAACAGUGAGAAACGGCAGUUUUGUUGGAUCCAACUUAAAUAAAGCAUCCAUAACAUCUAGCAGCCGUCAUAAGGGUCCCACAUCAAAGCUCAUUCUUCCAAUUCAUAAGUCUUCUCUUAUGAACAAAGUGACUGGGUAUGCUAAAAUCCAGCCGCUUCACAGCAAUAGCUUGAAGGGACAUGAAAACUCUGCUGGAACGCCACAGACGUAUACUGCGGAAAAACUUAGCCCCAUAAGAAUGAAACCGACCAGCAGUGUUGUGAUUGGUAGGCAAGUUAAAGACAAUUCAAACCACCAGAAAGUCUAUGCCAUCCCAACCUCUCACUCUGCAAUUUAUAGAUCUGCUGACGUUAAUCAUCAUAAAACGAAUAACUCUGCCAAGUUCACUUUCCAGUCACCCAUACACAGAUCUGCUGUAAAACCUUCUGGCAAAGCUAACAUCCUACAAGCUAAUGCUUCAGACUGGAGGACAGGAACGUCUCAAAUCUCAGAAGCAGAUAUCAAUCUUAGUGCCGUCGGCGUGUCCCAAGCUUUAAGACCCACAAGCAGCUUUGUAGUUGGAAAGUACAUUAAUAAGUUUGAUAGAACCCCAACCAAAUCCAACCUUAACACGUAUUCAACAAAAUCAGGCCUAAACGAUUAUAAAUCACUUCAGUUUUCUGAUAUUGUAGGUAGCGCCUCCUUCACCGACGUCAAAUUUUAUUCUGAAAGCACCACGGCGUCGGAAGAAGUGGAUCUCGAAAGUGAUCAAAACGCCACUAAUUCAAUGGAGGAAAGUUUCAAAGAGCUGUUUUUUGACAAUUCCUCUAUGAUCUCGGCUUUACAAAAUGAAAUGAAUGAAAGCGCAGUGGAUAUACGUGUCCCCGAGUUUAUGCCAGCAACUGCUAUAGACUUCACCACACUAUCAUCUCAGCUAUCAUCCCUUCUUACAAAAGAACCUACUCAACCUCAACCAACUGUCCGUUCCUCUGAGUCGCAGCCGGAUCCUGGGAAUCAUUCCCCAUCUACACCAGAGGGUACCAUUAUAAUUCAUGAGACAACAUUGAUACCCAAUACUACUUUGCAAGAUAAAAUGACCUCAGGUUGAGAUAUGCCUCUUCAAAUAUUUUGUUGAAUGCGCUUCAGUAGUAGUCGACAGACUGCAAUGUGAGGUGUUGUUCUCUUCUGUAGGUAGAUGGCGCCAGAUUUGUCCUCAGACUAAUUUGUAUUAAAUUUGUAACUUCUGAGA